CUCAUCCAUGGAUAGAAGCGCCCGCCUCUGGGUGAGUUCCACACCCCCUACUGCCAUCCUUUGGCCGCAACCCGCCUCUCGCCACUCUGGCCCUCGCAAUAUUUAAAUUUGUGAUUGGGACCGUUUACCGUCACUUUCACAGGAGUACACCCAUGAAGUGCGAUGUGAUAGGCUGUGAGCGUCAGUACAGCACACCUGACCAGCUAGAUCGGCAUUACCGACGCGCUCAUGGGUCUCGUUCCACACCUGCUGGAUCCCGAAUGCCCCCUGGCUCAUCCGCCAAAGUUCACCGUGAAGCGAAUAUUACAACACAAGCGCGCUUUGGGAGGGACACGGUUGACAUGCAGAAGUUCUGUCAGGACAAGAAGGGGAUGUGGUUGUGUGAUGCACCUGGUUGUCCGAAGAAGUUCAUUUGGAAGAGAGACCUGGCGAGACAUCGGAUGGUUCAUGGUGGGCCGAGACACACGUGCGAGGGGUGUCAGGCCAAGUUUACACGAGUGGAUGCAUUGAAUAGGCAUGUUAAGGAUACUUGUGGGAGGUAAGGGUUUUGGCUUGCAUUAUUUUUUAUCGUGAUGGGUCGUUGAGGAUGGUGACGAUUGUGGUGACGGUUUUUGGGCUUUGUUUCUCAAUUAGGUCGAAAAUCCCGGGACGGAAAAAGGCGAAGAAGGCGGAGGAAGCGGCGAAAUUGGGUAAGGUGAAGGCUGAGAAAUCGUCAGACGAAAAGUGAGUUAUGAUAAGCGAGGAGAUUCUCGCUGCCGGGCUGGCAAAUCAGCUAAGCGCCGAUUCCAGUGACUCCGAUACUCUCGACCCUGCAUCACGAAGUGGAUCAUCAACAGCGAAGGACGCCCCUUUCACCAUCGUUCCGGACCCAUCAGGUGUGCCAAAAGAAGAAUCCGAAGAUAACCCAUGGGAUGUCACGAA